AUAAAUUAUUGUCGUAUGUCUGCAACUGAAUUUGAAGAAUUGUUGUGCUUAGUAGGGCCAACGAUAAGCAAACAAUAUGUUGUGCGUGAUCCAAUUUCUGCACCAGAGCGAUUAGCAUUGACUUUAAGGUUUUUAGCAUCCGGUGAUAGUAUGAUGUCUCUGUCAUAUCAAUAUCUGUUGGGAAUUACAACAGUAAGCAACAUUAUUAAAGAAACGUGUCAAGCUAUAUGGAAUGCGUUGUGUCCUGUGGUUUUGAAGCCUAAUAUGAAAGCUGAAUGGCUAGCAGUCUCCAAAAGUUUUAAUGAAAAAUGUCAAUUUCCAAAUUGCAUAGGAGCUUUGGAUGAAAAACACAUAAUGAUUCAAUGUCCUAAUAAAAGUGGAUCCGCAUAUUACAACUACAAAGGAGCUCAUAGUAUUGUGCUGUUAGCGAUGUGUGAUGCUAAUUACAUGUUUGUCUCGGUAGAUAUUGGAGCUUACGGUAGACAAAGUGAUGGGGGUAUAUUUAAACACUCGCUACUUGGCCAAAAGUUGGAAGCCAAUACAAUGGAUUUGCCAGCACCUAAGCCACUUUGGGAAAAUGGACCUGAUUUGCCAUACGUUAUCGUAGCCGAUGAAGCAUUUCCUUUAACUCCUUACUUACUUCGACCAUAUUCGGGAAAAGAUGGACUCUCAACGGAGCAGCGUAUUUACAACUAUCGGUUAAGCCGAGCUAGAAGGAUGAUCGAGAAUUCAUUUGGAAUACUGGCCAGCCAAUGGAGAAUCUUCAGAAAACCCAUUUUAGCAUCAAUAGAAAACGUGAUUAAGAUAGUGCAAGCAACAAUUUGUUUGCAUAAUUUUUUACGAAAGAGCAAUAUUAAUAACGCAGGAAAUUAUGGAAAUCCGGAAUUGAUUGAUCGUGAAGAUGAAAAUUAUGAUAUAAUACCAGGACAAUGGAGAUGUACAGUUACAAAUAACAACGCUUUCAAUGAUAUCAAUUCCUGUGGAACAAAUAACCAUUCUCGUAUUUCCGCUGCUAUCAGAAAUAAUUUUUGUGAAUAUUUUUCAAUGAAGAGGGUGCAGUAGCAUGGCAAUUUUUACAGAUUUACAAACAAUAGUGGUUUACUAUUAAAUGUACUUUAUUAUUGAAAAAUAACCUAUUUGUACAUAAAAGGACAUAAUAAUUCUCUGAAUUAAAUUUUCUAAUAAACAUUUUAUUGUGUAAACAUAAAAUGUUAACAUGUAUAAACAUUUGUAUUAAAUAAACAUUUUGGGAGCUUUCCAACUAGCGACACGAGUCGACACAAGUAUCAUUCUGUUUUUCUUUAAUAUUAAACUUUAUGUGUAUUUAAAUAUAAA